CGUUAUUUGUUCAAACUUAAAAUACUUGCUGAAUCAAUUUUAAUUAUUUAUUUCUUACUAAACUGUUGUUUAUGAUAAACGGCUGCUGCGAUGUCUCUAUUGAUAUAUUUUGCGGUAACAAUUAUCAUAUCUAUGACAAUACAGGAAACGUCCUCUGAGGAUCUAUGCCUGAAUUCUAUAGACCCCGCAUGUUACAAGCAAGCGUUGUAUUUGAGAAACUCGCACGAUCAAUAUCCCAGGGAGUUGGAAUACAGGCAAGUGUUACGUUCUAAAGGAAAAAAACGUCACUCACGCAAAAGAGUCAAAUCGGAUGACGGAGACGAUGAGAACGGUGAGACGAUGAGAAACGCGGAGGAGGAGACAGUGAUACCUUUUAUAAUAAUUAAUAAUAACGCUAGAAUCUUAAACGAUCUCAUUAACAAUGCAGUCGGAAACAAGAAUCGUUCAGGGAAACGACACCAUCGAUCUCGCCUGAUAUAAGUUAUAUACACACAUUGUAUGUGGUACAAUGAGAGAAAACCUUUUAAGGAACAUUUACACAACAAAAUAAUGUUCAUCAUCUUCUCAGCGUUCGCUUAAUAAAUAUUUUUUGCCUGUUCAAA